UCACACAAAGUUUCAAUUUUGAAUUUGUUCUCGGUGGGUGGAGAUUCGGUCCUGCCGCCAUAUUGUGUUAAGCUGUGAGUGCUGGAAGUGAAAUAUUUGUUAUAUUUGACUGUGCUAAUCUUUGUCCAUAUUUUUCGGAUUGGAAAGUUAAAAGAUAAGCGGCAAGAAUGGGCGCAAAGCAGAGCAAACGCUCGGUGGACAUAAGCGGCAAGGAGGCGGAGAGCGCCGGCGAGGUGGCCGCGGCGGGCGCCGGGGGCGAGGGCCGGAUGGAGCCGCUCGCUGACGCCGACGCGCUCAAGCCGCAGGCCAACGGCGACGCUCACAUCCACGAGACACCCGAAAAGGAAAAGCAGUUAGACAGCGGUACACCGGAGAUCGAGAAGGACGUUACAACAGAGAAAGAGAACAAGGAACAAGAGGAGAGUGAGAAGGAGAAGGAAGCGCCCGUCACGAACGGCGAGAGUGAGCCCAAAGCGGAGAACGGGGACACCACGCCCUCGCCCGACGACGGCAAGAAGAAUAAGAAAGAGAAGGUAAAGAAGAAAUGGUCGCUGAGGUCGAUCAGCUUCAGCAGAAAGGACAAACCCAAACAAGAGAAGAAGACAAAAGACGAAGAGGCAAAAGUUAACGGCGAGCCAGAGAAAGUUCCCGAAGAGGUUGCUGAGACUACACCUGAAGUCGCUGAGGAAACAAAAUCGGAAAGUGAAAACAAAGAUGAGAAGACACCAGAAACCCCAGUAACAGAACCACUUACGAAUGGAAGUAGCACUCCUGAGUCUCCAAAAGCAGAAACUCCAAUCAUCGAAGAGACCAAAAAUGAGAAUGAGACUGACGUAAGGCCGGAGCCCCAAAUCGAAGUCGAACCUGAAAAAUUGCCAGUGAAUGGACUUUCGUUAGAAGAAUCUAAAAAGGAUGAGCCCGAAGUUCCUGAGAUUGAUUCAAACAAGGUCGAAGAGAAUAAAGUGGAGACCACCGAAGAAACGGUGCCAGCUCCUGAAAUUCCUGUCACUAAAGAGGUUUGUGUUGACCAAACGCCUUUGAUAGAAUCCACGCCUCCACCACUUCCCGCUAAUCCCCCUCCCUCGUCUGUGGCUUCCUUCGCCGCCACCACUAUGGCUCCCGAACUCGCAGACGCUUCUAUCGCUAACAAUGCCGAUAUCACAAAACCCGCACCCGCCGAUGAAUCUCCCGUUAAUAACGAUAAUACAAAUGACACAGUUCCUACAGAAAUUUCAAGCACCGAAACCGUUCAAGCUAAUGUCGAAAUCGAAGCCGUCGAACCCCCCGCCCCGUUAGACGAUUCGACCGAAACAAAAACGGACGUAAACACAAUCGAACAGUGUGCAGCUAACGAAGGGGCCCUCGAUAGUUUGCCGAGUCAGGAAGAUCACGAAGUUUCUAUUAAAACAGUAGAAGAAAAUGUCAGUGAUGUUCCCGUCGUCGCCGAACCCGCCGCGCAAAACGAACCCGAAUUAGAAAAUGAAAUGCCCCUCCCUGAGCCCGUCGAAGUCAAAGUCGAAGAAGCACCUGAGGAACAAGAGUCGCUGCCGCCGCCGGCCGAAGAGUUGAUGAACGGCACCAGCGACGCCGAAACGCCACACGUCCAACAGGACAGUGGAAUUUGUGAAUUAAAAGAGCCCGAAGUCGACGCGAGCGUUAUUUCCCAGAACGAGAUAAACGAACGCUGCUCGGAGGCGAUGAGCGACACCGAGAGCCUGAAGAUUAAAGCCAAAGAGAUGAUCGCGGACGUCAUAGAGAGCAAUGAAGUGGUGAUGAACGGGAACGGGGAGGCGCUGAGCAACGGCGCCGGCUCGCCCGUGCAGGCGCCCGCCGCGCUGCCGCCGCACGACGCUCAGGAAUCGCUACCGAUCGCCGAUAAAAUUGCGGACUUAAUUCCAGAGAUUCCAACUGUCCCUGAGUUGAAAACAGAAAUGGAAACGACAACCGACGUGGCGGUGGCCAACUAACUCUACUCCGCGGUACAUCAUGGUCCAGGAGACAAACGUCUAAAAAGAGCCUAUAAUUUAUUUCCCUUUAGUACUGUGGUGUAAUAUCGAACUAAGUUCGACUGAAUUUUAUUGUAAACAUGGAUUUCAGUUUGGAAUGUGACCUUCAUAUAGAAUGUUUAUAGUUUAAGUUUAGCGUGCUUGCUUAUGUAAAAUUAAGAUUUUAUACAUUUUGAAAUCGCUAGAAUCGAUCUUUUAUAAUUAUAUACAAUAACAAAGUUAUGUAGGCAGUAUACGGUGCGAUAAGUUGGUGCCAUUAUUACAGGGGUAUUAGUUGUGACGUUUGGCGAUACACUCUCCUUAAUUAAUAGUUCGCGUAAUUGGUUUAUUAUUUUCCUAGCUUAUUAGAAAAUAUUAAUUAAACACUAUUGAAAUGACGUUUUGGCGCAUUUUUGAGAUCAAAUCUAAUGAUUACACUUACAUACUGAAUGUAGUCGCAAUCCUGAUAUGUCUAAUUUUAUGAAUAUUACCGAUGUAAAGCAUAUGUUUAUAAUAUAUAUUUGUUGUAUAAUAGGUUAGCUUGACAGAUCGAGCACUGGGACUCUGAUUAUGUUAUGGCUUUUAUUGAUGAAAAGCUAUUCAUUGUAUUAUGCACUUAAUAACAUAUAACUUGAUCGUUACAGCUUUCAAUGCGAGACCACUGAAAGCCUCUUUAUUAUUUGAUACAUUUUUUAUUUUAUGUAUAUAAUAUGAAUUAUUCGCAAAUGUAAUUCAUUGCCCUUUCGAAAUAUAUUGUUGCAUAUGAUUUACUUUUUGAACAACAUAUAUUGUUAUGAUGUAAUAAAGUAUAAAAUUUAAUUAUUUUUCUUAAAUAUAUUUUGUAUCUAUGCAAUUGUGUUAAAAUUUUCCUAUUAUUUUAUUAUUAAAUAAGUUUGUAAAAUUUAAGUUGCAUUGAGCUCUCUUUGAUACAAGUAUAAAAAUGGAAUGUAUUGAUAGUUCGCUCCUAUGGCAAGUGAGAUAUGGUUAGGAUUUUUCUCGUCGUAAAUCGUGUAAUUGUAAAUUGAUUGAUAUUAGACAUGUGGCUACAAUUUUUAAAUUUUGAAUGUAGGAAGAUGGCGGCCAAGUUUUUCGAUUAAACUAUACAAUUUUUAUGCAUAUACAGACUACAAUUAAUUAUAUGAUAUUUAGAUGUGUAGAACUUGUAACGAGUUAGUAAAUGCAGUGCGAACACACUGCAAGUAGAUUAUUCCACCUCAUACAUACAAUUAGAUUAUAUUAUGUAAGGUUUGAUAUUAAUAUACAAUUAUGGUGUCAUUUUUUACAGUAAUCUGUGCCCACAUAAUUAUUUCCUAAACAUUUUUGUAAUUUUAUAUGUUUCUAUAAAUUUUUGAAGUGACACAUGCAUGAGUGAGGUCAGGUAUUAUCUCAAGUAUAUUAGCAGUAAAUAUGAGUGAGACAUUCCAUAUCAAAUGUAACACAAGUCUGUGUAGUUAAUAUUUUUUGCUCAUAAGUUAAGAAUUCCGUUAUAUGGCAGACAUUUUUGAUUGAUGAUACUAUAAAUUUUAGUGAUUAUAUACAAAAAGACUAGACAUUUUUUUUUUGUUGUAAUAUUUUAAAGCACUCUGUGAUUAUACACACUGUGAUUUCUAUUUUUGGAAAUAUCCUGUUUUAUAAAGAUCAUUAAAUACGAAAGUAAUUUGCAUUUACAAAACAUCUGUCGGCGACCGGCGCCGUGAAAUCAUCUGCAGUUUCGCUGAUGUAUAAGUACCUACCUAUAUUGAGGCAGCUGUUUAUCGAUAAUCGUUUUAAAUAUGUUGUGUCAUAUUUUGUGAUAAAACCAAUCAUCACAAAUGUUCAUUACAAAAUUGUUUCUGCUCAUGAAUUGUAAAUUUUUAUUAUCUAAUAAUUUGGCACAUGUAAAUUGCAUUAAAUUAAGCUAUUUGUCAUGUACUGAGGAAAGAUGAUGUUGAUGUGUGAAUGUCUCUUAUAAAUAAAUUUAUAAAACAGUA